GUUUGACCGACAUUUGGCCACGAGGAUUCUGAGUUUGUAGCCAUGUGGUUGCCGAGUCAGAGAUCUUGUGAACUGCCUGGUGCUGCAGCACGCCCGGCUUUGUUGAUGACCUUUGCUAACAACACAGUCGAUGCGGCGAGCGAGCAGAAGGCUUGCUUCCUUGGAGCAUGCCUGUCGAUGUGUGGGUGGUCCACUAGAGCCAAUCCCUGUUGAAAAGGAUGCAGUGCGACGCCACUUGGGGUUUGCUACAUGGAGCGGCAAUAUAUACUAUCUAGGCCGGCGAGCAGAUGUUGGAGCGUUGACGGAUGAGGACAUCUCAUUGCUUAGACAGGUGCUGCCAGAGGUGAAGGAGCUGGUCGUGCUGGGAAGGAGUAACACUGAUGUCAUCCUUCAGCUGGCUGAGACGAUGCUUCCACUCACACUUGCAAAAGGAGAGGUGCUGGCUGAGCAGGGCCAACCUGAUGACAACAUGUACGUCAUUGCCAAGGGAGAUGUUCUGCUGGACGUUCCCAGGGCAGGACGUGUGGAGCCAGAACGGCGCCGGGUAAGCCAGGGAAGUUACAUCGGGGCUGAGUGUUUGUUGGGAAAUACGCCCCACAAAUGCUCAGCCAUUGCACAGACUUCCUGCCGACUCUUGCGCUUGAAUCGAGCCACAUUUGAUUCGAUCAUCCUUUCUCAAUCGGCUGAAACGGAAGACGAUGAAGAUUCUGAUGAGGAUGAUGAAGGUGAUGGUGAUACCUGUGCUGCGAGCCAGCUGGUGAACAUCUUUGUUCUCUCUGACAGCACCGGUGAAUCCGCAAAAGCUUCGGUGAAAACUGCUGCCGCGCAGUUUGAGUACUGUUCAGGGUCGACAUGUGCAACAAGCCGGGCAACAGUCUACAGAUUUGUGAGAUCUGCCACAGAGAUCAAGACCAUCGUUGAAGCAGCCAAGAAGUGCAAUGCCUUGCUGGUUUACACGAUCAUGGAUCCAAAGCUGCAUCAAGUCGUUGUUGAUGAGUGCAAAGCCAAAGAGCUUGAAUGCAUUGACCUUUGGGGCCCUUUGCUGGCCACCUUCGAAAAAAGAUUCGGCGCCAAGCGGAGUGGAAAAGCGGGUCGGCGACAAGCCGUCAGCGAUGACUACAUGACCAUUGUCAAGGCGAUUGAGUACACUCGAAAAGUGGAUGAUGGUGUUUUGCCUCAUCUUUGGGAUGAGUGCGACAUCAUGCUGAUUGGACCAUCGCGAGCUGGAAAGACUCCCUUGUCAUUCUACUUGGCACAGAGAGGCUAUAAGGUGGCCAACUACCCGUUGGUGCCAGAGGAGGAGCCUCCAAAGGAGCUUUUCGAACUCGAUCAACAAAAAUGUUUCGCACUGCAAAUCAAGCCUGAACGAUUACAAGAGAUUCGCACCCAGCGAAUGAAGCAGUUCAAUCGCUCCAACACGAAGUAUGCCAAUUUGACCAACAUCAAGAAAGAGGUGAGCUGGAUCAAAAACUUUUACUUGCCACUCGCUUGGCAAUUUCAUGUCACAAAGCGGCGUCCUAUCUCGGCGUCCUAUCCAGACAUAUCAGCAAAGAGAGUUGCCCAGCAAUCGUUUCUACCAACAUCGAGCAAACUGGAUUCGCCCGACAGAAUGCAAACACUGAGAAACCGAGGAGAUGGAAAAAGCGUGAAACCGUGUGAAACCCCAUUAAACCGAGCCCUCCUUGAAUACUGUUUUCGCUGUAUUUGGGUUUUGCCGGUCGGUUUUCGUGUUUUUUUGCGUUUUCGCAGGUUUUCGUGGGACUUGCUUUUUCGUGGCUUUCGUGGUUUUUGCGGCAGUCGUGGAUUUUCGCACAUUCGAGUGUUUCGCCUGUGUUUUUUGUUUUUGACCGUUUUCACAGUUGGCUCUGUGCAAGACCCAGAUUUUAUUUUUGCUUUGGUGCAGCUAAAUUUAUUAUUAGUCACAUGACAAUGACAAGUAAAAUUGUGCAGAGGGGAACUCAGGCAGCUUGGAACGAAUGGUGCGUGUAGUGAGGGAACAAAUAUGGAAAUAUAGAGAACUUUUUCACAGGGAAACCGACGCAGGUACUAAGUGUUUGCACAUAGAAUCACACCAAAAACGCCUACUUAGAUGCGUGGUACUAAGAGAGGACCUUAAGUAAAUUUCCCUGGCAGACCCAGC